AUGGAGGCGGAGGAGGUGGUGGUGGUGGACGACAUGAGGAGUGGGCUGUGGAAGCGCGGAGUGGAGACUGGAGCUCCAGGAGGGAGAGGAAGGGAUGGUGGUGGUGGUGGAGGCGGUGAUGAUGGCGGUGGGACUCUCACUCCCUGCCCUACCCCUGGCGCCUGGUGGCCGCCGGCCGCCCGCGCCCGACUCCUGCGCCACGCGCUUGCCGGUGGCCGGCCGCCGCGUCCAAAUCGCUACGUGACGGCGUGCGCCACCCCUUCUGCCUGCCUCCCGGUGCCCACGAGGCCACGACCCCAAGCUGCUGAUCCGGACGCCGCCAUCCUCGACGUGCUGAAGCCUGAAGAUGCCACGUUCCUAGAAUGGAGAUGGAGGUGGCCAUCGGCCUUCUGCUUCCACACCGCCGGCGCCGUAGAAGCAUUUGCCUUAGGAUGGAUGCUGCCUGCACGGCUAGUGCCGAAGGCAGCCUCUUCUGUUUCCGUCAAGGGCAGCAGCAGAGGAUCAAUAGAAUUAAAGAGAGAGACAUGUGAAGGUGCUGGUGCCAGUGCUAUUCUGUUUAUCUGGUGUGCUGCCUCGCCUAUGCUCUAUGCAGCAGCACGUCUGCUGGUUGCUUCAAAUGUGUACUAUGCACUCAUGUCCUGCAAGUUGUAAUGUGUCAUCCCGAUGUAAGUUUCCAGUUCCCGUCCAUUCCCAUUGUAUUCUCGUCUGUAUUUGUUCAUUUUCGUAUACCCGCCGAUUCCGUUUUC